AUGUCGGUCAAUAACCUGCUAAUGGCGUCGGCGCAGAUGUUUCCACCGAAGGCAAAGUGGAGUGUCGAGCAGAUUCCAGAUUUAAGUGGGAAGGUGGUUAUGGUCACCGGCGGUAACACUGGCAUUGGCAAAGAAACUGCCAAGGCCCUCCUUAUCCACAAUGCAAAAGUGUACCUUGCCACGCGCGACGAACAGAAAGCUCGGAAAUGCAUCGAAGAACUGAAAGAGCAGACGGGCGGAAAAGAGGCUCUGUUCAUCAAGUUGGAUUUGGCCAACCUGAGGAGCGUAAGGAAGACUGCAGAAGAAUUUCUGGAGAAGGAGGAAGAACUGCACAUACUAUUCGAGAACGCCGCGGUGAUGGGCCCUCCCACUACGAUGUUCACGGAACAGAACUACGACCUCCAAUUCGGGACCAACGUCGUUGGCCACUUCCACCUCCGAACGCAUCUUCUUCCCGCCCUCCUCCGCGCAUCUGCACCAGAAUACAAACCCCGGAUCGUGAUAACCUCCUCGAGCGCUGCCUAUAUCGCUAAUGAGAUAAAAUGGACUACGUUGAAGAAGGCAGAAGAAGGGGCGGAAGCGAGGAAACAGGUGAAGGAGAGGAAGAAGAUGGAUCCGAUGGGGUUGUACUACCAGUCCAAGUUUGCGAACGUUGUGGUGGCAGCUGAGCUUGCUAGGAGGUACGGCGACAAGCUCGUAGUGAUGUCCCUCAACCCUGGCAACAUCAACACAGAGCUCAGCCGCCAUGCUCCAAAAAUACAGCAACGCUUCAUGGCUGCCACAAUCCUCUACUCACCCGCCCAAGGUGCUUUAACCCAACUUUGGGCUGGCACGGCCCCCGAGUGCGCGGAGUAUAACGGGAAGUUCCUCAUUCCUUGGGCACGACUCGGGAGUCCGAAUCCGUACACACAAGAUCCAAAAACUGCAGAUAAGUUGUGGGCUUGGUUGGAGGAGGCCUGUGUAGGCUUUUGA